AUUGCAGACACAAGUCGCGCUGCACGUCGAAGCCUAACAAUUUGAUUGAAGCGCCUUGCUUGAGAAACAUUUUCUAGCUCGUAAGAGUUUUGCCCUCUCUACUGAAGUUUCCAAAGCUGUGUUGUACUGUCGUAUACUACUGUACACUACUGUAUACAAUCAUAUACGUCAGCGUGCAGAUGAUGCGUUCACUGUCAAUGGUUUGGCCCAAUAGCGUUGCAUACACGUACGAGCCGGAUAUAAUUGUGAUUGUAUCCCAUACCUAUACGAAAUCUCAUGUCAUAAGAGGCAGGAGCACACUGUAGUGUGGCUCAGACUGUGGUUCACAGUAACUCAGAGCAAUACGAAGUUAGCAAGUGACAUUCUGAUCGCUUUCCACUUUACGUUUAAUCCUAUUAACUUACGUGGCGGGUAUUCAACGACAGAAACAACAUGUGCGGAAUCUUUGCGUAUCUCAAUUAUCUGACGCCGAAGAGCAGGAAGGAGAUCCUCGAGCUGUUGGUUGGUGGAUUAAAGAGGCUGGAAUAUCGAGGCUAUGAUUCGGCAGGUGUCGCCCUUGAUAGCGCCGAUGGCAAGGAUAUCUCGAUUAUUAAAAAGCAGGGAAAGGUCAAGGCGCUCGAGGAAGAGAUUUUUUAUCGUAAGUAUAUACGAUACUACUUUCCACUUUCCACUUACAUUAUAAUGACAUAGCUUAACAUAAUGGAUGACAAACAUUUGUUGAGGUAAGUAUAACGAUGAAAUUAUUUCGAAUAAGAUCAGUUUCUAAAAUUCAUUAUUUUUCUACAGGUACCAAUAUCGACUUCGAGUCGAAGAUUUACAGCCACGUGGGUAUCGCACACACUCGUUGGGCGACUCAUGGUGUCCCAUCUGAAGUGAACUCGCAUCCUCAAAGGUCCGAUGUCGAACAUGCUUUCGUUGUGGUGCACAAUGGUAUCGUGACAAAUUACAAGGAAGUGAAGACGUUGCUUCACCAAAGAGGCUACAGCUUCGAGAGUGAAACCGACACGGAAGUAAUCGCCAAGCUGAUCCACCAUCUCUGGGUACAACAUCCGGGUUACUCGUUUCGCGAGCUAGUCGAGCAGGUUGUUCAACAAUUGGAAGGUGCGUUUGCGUUGUGCUUCAAGAGCAAAUAUUUCCCCGGUGAAUGUGUGGCGACGAGAAGAGGAUCGCCGCUGCUCGUGGGUAUUAAGACAAAAACGAGAUUGGCCACCGAUCACGUGCCCAUCCUGUACGGAAAAGAUGAAUCUCCAUGCGUAAACAAAGAAGGUGAAGCGCCCACUCAAGAUCAUCGUCCACAUGGUCGUACUGAACUUCCGGUUAUACCACGCAGUGAAAGUACUUCCAAAUUUCAACCCUUGGAGGACAAAGAAGUCGAAUAUUUCUUCGCAUCUGACGCCAGUGCUGUGAUCGAACAUACAAAUCGUGUUAUAUUUUUGGAGGAUGAUGACGUAGCCGCAGUGAAAGAAGGUGCUCUCAGCAUCCAUCGACUCCGUCGAUGUAUGGACGAUCCCCAUGCAAGAGAAAUUACUACCUUAAAGAUGGAAAUCCAAGAGAUCAUGAAGGGUAACUAUGAAUAUUUCAUGCAGAAAGAAAUUUUUGAGCAACCUGAGUCGGUGGUGAACACCAUGAGAGGACGUCUGAACUUCAGAGACAACUCCGUUACGUUGGGAGGCAUCAAGGAUUACAUUCCUGAGAUUAAGAGGUGUAGACGUCUUAUGCUCAUUGGUUGUGGAACAAGCUACCAUUCUGCUAUUGCUACCAGACAACUUUUAGAAGAAUUAACUGAACUACCAGUUAUGGUUGAAUUGGCUUCUGAUUUCUUAGACAGGAAUACACCAGUGUUUAGAGAUGACGUUUGUUUCUUUAUCUCACAGUCUGGUGAAACAGCAGACACGUUAAUGGCUUUGCGUUAUUGCAAAGGACGUGGAGCUCUGAUUGUUGGUAUUACCAACACGGUAGGCAGUAGUAUCUGUCGUGAAUCACACUGUGGUGUUCAUAUAAACGCAGGUCCUGAGAUUGGUGUUGCUAGCACCAAGGCUUACACUUCCCAGUUCAUUUCUCUUGUAAUGUUUGCUUUAGUUAUGAGCGAAGACAGAAUCUCCCUUGGUAGUAGGCGUCAAGAGAUCAUCGAAGGAUUGAAAAAUUUGGAUAAUCUCAUUCGUCAAGUUCUCCAACUUGAUGAAAAGGUUAAAGAAUUAGCCAAAUCUUUGUUCCAACAUAAAUCUUUGCUGAUCAUGGGUAGAGGAUAUAACUUUGCUACGUGUAUGGAGGGAGCUCUGAAAGUUAAAGAAUUGACAUAUAUGCAUAGCGAAGGUAUCAUGGCAGGUGAAUUGAAACAUGGUCCACUAGCGCUCGUUGAUGAUUCAAUGCCUGUGAUAAUGAUCGUCAUGAGGGAUCCAGUUUAUGUUAAAUGCAUAAACGCCUUACAACAGGUUACGGCCAGAGAUGGGAAACCGAUCCUUAUCUGUGAGGAGGGUGAUGAAGAAACGAAAAUGUUCGCUGAUAGAAUUCUCGAAGUACCCAAAACAGUGGAUUGUCUCCAAGCAAUCCUUGCAGUCAUUCCACUACAAUUGUUAUCUUUCCACAUCGCAGUUCUUCGCGGAUGUAACGUCGAUUGUCCGAGAAAUUUGGCGAAAUCGGUUACGGUCGAAUAAAAGAUCAACUUACAUUCAUUAGAGAUUUAUUAAAACGCAGCAUACCAUGCUUGAUUGUUAACUUCAAAUUUCAGCAACUUAUUGAGAAAAUAUUGUUAUUAUAACUGCGUUUAUCCAUUACGAAAGAUAGAAAGAAGUCAGGCAGAAUGAUUUUUGAAACACGCCGUGAUAUUCUCGUGAUAAUAUGAAAAUGGUCAUCGACUAUAUUUAAUACGUUUCUAAGUACUUAGCAAUUAUAGCUUCGUAUUAGAAUACGAGCAAUAUAGACUUAGGAAGUAUUUAGGUUAGCCAUUUGGACCAUCGUUAGUCUUUAUACAUUAUCUUACGAUAGAAGACGAGUACUUUAAAAAAGAAAGAAACUCAACGAAGACGUUCCUUACGUGGGAUAACAUUAAUUGAGUCCCCAGUGACCCCAGUGCAUUUAACGGUUGUGUAUAUUCAUAUCAAUCGGUAAAAAAUGAAAGGAAGAGAAUGUAACGCUUUUCAGAUCAUAAGUCAAUUGUGAUUCUAUCUCCUUAUAAUCAAGUUGAAUAAGACUGCGGUAGAAAAAAGAGAAAUUGUUACUGUAUCGCGAACUUGUGCUCUAUGACGUUUACAUGUGGUUACUCUGAAAAGUGUUUGUAUGCGUGUGUAUGUGGUUGUGUGUACCUCGUAAAUCUCAAUAUAGAUGAAAAAAAAAGCAACCAUAAUGUAUUGAGAGAAUUAGAUAAUUUACGAAAACGAAUAAUUUAUGGAUACGACGAUCGUCACCAUAUUCACUUUAUGGUGUUUAUCGUAUACUUUGAGAAAUUUAUAUUUUGUACAGUAUUUAAGAGAGGAACAAAUAUGAAAUUUGAUAUCUUACCUUCCACUUUUGUUAUGGAAGAUACAUUAACAACCUAUACGUGAAUUUUAUUACCAAUGUGAUACAUCCAUGUUCAAGUUAAAAAGAAAUUGUUGUAUAAAGUUGACUUUACUACAGAACAAUUUUUCAGUUCCAUACAGUAGAAAAUCCUCGUCUUAUCUCUUAACUGUAGAAAGUUUAUUCGAUUCAAAUAUAAUCAUGAAAUAAAUGCGAUUAUUAUAUGAAUUACUUGAGGUGUUGGAAAGAUAAACACGACCGUUUAUAGUUUUGCCUAUAAAGAUAUGUAAUAACUUCUGCAAUAUAUCGAGCGAUAAAUAAACUCUAAGGAAAUAUAAAUAAUAAAUAAAUAUAUAUAUAUAUAUACACACACACAAAUAUAUAUAUAUAUAUAUAUAUAUAUAUAUGUUAUCCAUAUUAAGUUACUAUAAUAUAUGUUGGACAAAAGAAAAUGCACAUUUAAUAAAUAUAUAAUUUUUUUUUAAACACGUCAAUGGCCAUAAUUGAAAUAUAAAUGUAUCAAAUAAAUUGUUAAAGACAAAUAUACAAAUAUUUAGUAGAA